CUGUUUGUGCACAGAGGACGAGUAGCCGCCGUACGAAUGGUGGUGGCCGCUGCGUGGGGAGCACGUUGUGGGGGUCAGGUCAUCUGUGGUGGUGGUGUCGUCGUCGCCGUCGGGUGAGCUGCCCGGACUACGGCGAUUCGAUGAGGAGCCUCCACCGGCGGCAGAUGAACCGCCGGCAACAACGGCAGCAACGUUUGAGGCGCUCGACGAGCGGUGAGUGGACUGGCGACCACCGAGUCCUCCGCCGGAUGAUCCUGCCCCGCUGCUGGACUUUAUUGGUGACUUGGUGCUGCUGCUGCUGGCGCUGGAGGAGGACGACUGGUUUUUAGUGCGUACCAUCGAUAUCGAUUCCGCGCUGUCUGCGCGUCCAGCACUCCGGCCCCCUGCUCUCCUUGCCCUAACCCCGUGAAAGUUGCACGGGGAAAUUAUCCUUGUAAGCCAAAUCGGUUGGCCGUGGCACGCGUUUGUAUCGAUGCCGCACAAAAAAACAAACAAAUCUCGAAUAUUAUUGUUGUACGUCGUUUGAGCUAGUGCUCAUUUUGCUGAUAUCCGAGAGUACUGAUUUUCUUCCGCACUUACAACUCUCACUACGUUGAAAAUUGAAGCUAAGCUCUGGAGUCCCAGCCAGUGCUGACCAACUAUCGAUUACCAAAUCUAGCGGGCAAGGUUGUGAAGUCAGACAAACAGGCAAUUUCAAAGUUUAAAUGGUGGAAUGUAACGGAUGAAAUAUAAUUUGGGAGACUUUCACCGAAGUGCAGUAUGGAGACAUUCGUAAUUGAAGAAAACAUUUUGUGUCCUUUACAACAUCCUUAACGGUUGGCUGAUUUAGCGGAAAAACGCUAACUUGUCAUAUCGUAGAGAUCCAGCUGUCAAUAAAGUUACCAGACAGUUUCGGAUCCGAUGUUUUUGGAUGGAAAUAUUUAAAUUACGUGAUCAAUUUUAAGCAACUGAUCGAAAUAAUAGUUUUGAUUUGUUAAAUUCGUAGAAUUCAAACACAAUUGCCGGAAAAUUGGGGAAAAAUAUCGCAUUAUUUGGCGGUCGCCUAGUGUGGCAGCCCUGGUAGCUGGGUUGCGAUAUAUCGACCUUGAUACACCUACUGCCAUCCCCAUCACUCUGGGUUGUUUUUUUUUGCGUUUUUGCAUAACAAAAUCCUAGAAUUUCGGCCUAAACGCCAGCGAUCUCUGACCAGCAGAGCACGAGCACAGGAGCGGCAUAUCUCACUUGGAGAGCAGUCGGAAUGGGACAGUACACGGCGUCGCAGCGCAAGAAUGUUAGGAUCCUGCUCGUCGGCGACGCCGGGGUGGGUAAGACGUCGUUGAUUCUGUCUCUGGUCAGUGAGGAGUACCCGGAGGAGGUUCCGCCUAGGGCUGAGGAGAUUACCAUUCCGGCGAACGUGACGCCCGAGCAGGUGCCCACCAGCAUAGUUGACUUCUCGGCCGUGGAGCAGUCGGAGGAUGCCCUGGCCGCCGAAAUUAACAAGGCGCACGUGGUGUGCAUAGUGUACGCCGUGGACGAUGACGACACUUUGGAUCGGAUCACAUCCCAUUGGCUGCCGCUCGUCCGGGCCAAGUGCAAUCCCUCCCUGGACGGCGAGGGUGAUGCCGAAGCGGAGGCGGAAGGAGACACACAACGAGAGCCCAUUCGGAAGCCAAUCGUUCUGGUGGGUAACAAAAUAGACCUCAUCGAGUAUUCCACCAUGGACAGCGUGCUGGCCAUCAUGGAAGACUACCCCGAGAUUGAGAGUUGCGUGGAGUGCUCUGCCAAGUCGCUGCACAACAUCUCCGAGAUGUUUUACUACGCCCAGAAGGCUGUGCUGCACCCGACUUCUCCCCUGUAUAUGAUGGAAGAACAGGAGCUCACAUCCGCCUGCAAGAAGUCGCUGGUGCGCAUUUUCAAGAUCUGCGACAUUGACGGGGACAAUCUGUUGAACGAUUACGAGCUGAAUUUAUUCCAGCGACGCUGUUUCAACACACCACUCCAGCCGCAAAUCCUUGAUGAGGUGAAGGCCGUGAUACAGAAAAAUGUGCCCGAUGGCAUAUACAACGAUGCGGUCACCCUGAAGGGCUUCCUCUUCUUACACUGCCUUUUCAUUCAGCGGGGAAGGAACGAGACAACCUGGGCGGUGUUACGGCGCUUUGGCUAUAACGACCAGUUGGAGAUGUGCCAGGAGUAUCUUAGGCCACCGCUGAAAAUACCGCCUGGCAGCAGCACAGAACUCUCGCACCGCGGACAGCAGUUUCUGAUUGCCGUGUUUGAGCGCUAUGAUCGCGAUGGCGACGGAGCCUUAUCACCUGAGGAGCACAAGAUGCUCUUCAGCACAUGCCCGGCUGCUCCGUGGUCCUACUCCACCGACAUACGCAAGUCCUGCCCGAUCAACGAGACAACUGGAUGGGUGACACUGCACGGGUGGCUAUGUCGGUGGACACUGAUGACGCUGAUUGAUGUGGUCAAAACAAUGGAGUAUUUGGCCUAUUUGGGCUUCAAUGUUCAUGAAAACGACAGCCAGUUGGCGGCAAUUCACGUAACUCGAGAGCGCCGCAUCGAUUUGGCCAAGCGCCAAAGCAGUCGGUCCGUUUACAAGUGUCAUGUGAUUGGACCAAAGGGAUCAGGAAAGACUGGAAUGUGCAGGGGAUUCCUGGUGGAGGAUAUGCACAAACUAAUCGGAAAAGAGUUUAAAACGAAUGUGGUUAAUUGCAUCAACUCUGUGCAGGUGUAUGGCCAGGAAAAGCACCUCAUUCUGCGUGACAUAGACGUCAGGCAUGCCCUCGAUCCCCUCCAGCCACAAGAAGUCAAUUGCGAUGUUGCCUGCCUAGUCUACGACUCAUCUAAUCCCCGUUCCUUUGAGUACGUGGCCCGCAUCUACAUCAAGUAUUAUGCGGAGAGCAAGAUUCCAGUGAUGAUAGUCGGCACCAAGUGCGACAUGGACGAACGCCGGCAGGACUAUCUAAUGCAGCCCUCUGAAUUCUGUGACAAGUACAAGUUGCUGCCUCCGCAUCUCUUCAGCCUGAAAACCAACAAAAAAGAACUGUAUACCAAGCUGGCCACAAUGGCAGCGUUUCCUCGCUUCCAGGCCGCCUGGAUACUGUUCUACAAGCACAGGUUGGUACAGCUGUGGGAGUCGGCUCACCUGAGGCAAUUCGGCCUGAUGACGGAGGACCCCAAGCUGUGGUUAAAGGCGGGACUAGGAGUGGCCGCAGCUACCAUGCUGGGAUUUAUAGUGCUGAAAACGAUAAGUGCUGCCGGAGCCCACACCCGUUAGGGGAAUUCACUAGGAUAAGGGGACGGGCUUAACACACGAUUACCACGGACACGUUGAAGUUUGACAAAUUCAUGUAUCUUAUUAAUUAUUUAAUUGCUUGGUACUGUAAAUCCAAAUUUAUUGUUACGAAAACUAAAGCAAACUAUGAACGGACACAUGCCGAUGCUCUCAUUCCUGACUUGUAAAUACACUCAUCAAGUACACUAGCAGGAAUUGGGCUGGAGCAGUGGCCAGUCGAGCACAUUGUGUACGCUGCAUUUCUAAUCGUAUAUUAACUUACAUAAACCAUGUUCUCUCUGAUAAGUCAAAUAAGCUAUUGUUACCAGCAUAUUCGAGUAACGAAACAACCAAUAUCGUGCAUAGCUGAUAGUGAUAUGUACACGUACUGCGUUCUAUAUAAACCAAUAUAUACGACAUCUAGAGAAUCACCGGGUUCGGUGAUAUCGCACUUUUGUAAAUACGCGCAAAUCCCCUAGUAUGAGCAAUAAACCUAUCUAUAUGUGUGGAUUAACAUAUAGUGAUAUUUAAUGGC